CUGCCUUGCAAGGCUUCCCUCACAUGCCUUUUAAACAUCUACGGCAUUCUCUCUCCUCAAUCACAUUUUACUUGCACUUCUCUCCAACAAUCUCUCCAAAACCCUCCUUCACUCGCUUCUCUGCCGCAAUCCUAUCUCACGCGAUGGCCGGAACACCGGAAAACUUCUCCACCGACGCUACUACUCCCGCCGUUACCGACGCCGAAGCCGACGAUGUUAAGUUUGGGUUUCAGCGUGCGGAGAUGUACCAGAGUAAACUUGCGGGUACUGCUACUUCCUACGAUCGUCAUCUGUUCCUCUGCUACAAAUCUCACGAGACUUGGCCUUCUCGCGUCGAAGCCUCUGAUUCCGAUCUGCUUCCGAUGUUACUCUCUAAUGCUCUUAAAGCUCGUAAGGAUGAUAUCAAAAUUAAGACUAUGUUGACGAUUUGCGAAGUACGUGAUGACAUGGAAGUAUCAGAUGGAGAUGUUUUGAUUUUUCCUGAAAUGAUCAAAUACAGGGAUUUGAAGGAGUCGGAUGUGGAUGCAUUUGUUGAUGAUGUGCUUGUCAAUGGCAAUCCUUGGAGCUCUGGAUUGCAGAAGUCGCUGAGUGGUUCUUAUGUGUUUGUCUGUGCCCAUAGUAAUCGAGAUAAAAGAUGUGGUGUUUGUGGACCAAUUCUGAUUGAGGAGUUUGGCAAGGCGAUUGAGUCCAAGGGCUUGAAAGACAAAGUUUAUGUGACAGCUUGUUCACAUAUCGGUGGCCACAAGUAUGCUGGUAAUGUCAUAAUCUUCAGUCCAGACAAAGAUGGGAAAAUUGUUGGCCACUGGUAUGGCUAUGUUGCACCAGAUGAUGUACCUGUUUUGAUUGAUGAGCAUAUUGGAGAGGGAAAAGUCAUUGAACGACUUUGGAGGGGCCAAAUGGGACAAUAUGAGAAGGUAACUGAGAAAGUGAAUGAACAGAGGUUUCCGGAAGUAACCAAUGAAGAAAAGAAGCCUCUAGAAAAUGGAAGCCAGGAGAGUGCAACUGGUUUCAGCUGUUGCCAAGGUGCUGCAGGAGUUUCUUGUUGUAGAGAUGCAAGUGCUGAGCCGAAAGAGAGUAAGAAGGGGCAGGGAAGAGUUUCAAACUGGUUCGGCAAAUGGGAGCAGCGUGAAGUUCUAACAGCCGUGGGCGUGGUUGGAGCAGUGGCUGUUGUUGCUGUAGCUUAUGGCUUUUAUAAGAAGGCUCGGUGAUAUGUCAUCGUCUCAUUGUUAACUUCGCAUAAACUUGGCGCUCAAGAGUUUUCAGGCAUCUAGUUUUUGUAGAAAGGUAAUAAUGUUUGUUAUAAUCUCGAACCAUGAUAUUGCAUACAUAUUGGUAUACGUUAAAUCUAAGAGUGGAAAUGUAAUGCAAAGUGUAAGUCCACUAUGGAGAUGAGUUCCUUUGCUCCUUCCCAACAAGAACCUAGAAAGGCUGUUAAAUAUAAAGUGCCAACCGAUAGCUACAGAGAUUCUUUAAAUUCCAGAUGCCUUGGUGGUUUUUGUUUCUCCUUGCUUGGAUUCAAGGGUGAAUGAGAUCAAUAUGGUUUUGUUA